UAGCAGCAAAUCAAGCUCUCAUUUUUCAAAAUCGAUUAAUCGCGCUAUCAGGUGCAAUGGGUAGCACUGGUCAAACCCCCGGUUGCCAAUUCGUCCUCCGUACCCAUCGACCCGGUGAUAUAGGAUGGAUCAUCCACAAACACGGCAUCCUUUAUAACCAAGAAUACGGCUGGGAUGAGCGCUUCGAAGCUCUUGUCGCCACCAUCGCUGCGGACUUUAUCAACCAAUAUGACCCCAAAUCAGAGCGUUGCUGGAUUGCAGAAAAAGAAGGCAACCCGCUCGGCUGCAUCAUGCUCGUCAAAGACCGAUCGAGCCAGCAUACAGCCAAACUUCGCCUGUUACUGGUGGAGCCGAGUGCCCGUGGUCUUGGUGUUGCUCGCGCUCUCGUGAGACAGUGCAAAGCAUUCGCUGAUGAGGUUGGUUAUGAGCGAAUCUUGUUGUGGACAAACCAAGUGUUGGAACCUGCGCGUCGACUCUAUGCAUGCGAGGGUUAUCGAUGUGUUCAGAAGGAGGAGCAUGAAGAUUUUGGGGUAAAACUUAUGGGAGAGUCUUGGGAGUUGAGUUUACAGGCGCCAGCGACGAAGAAAUGAUUUUGGCUACGGCUCGUCAGUUCCGUCCUUGACAUUGGGAAAUGAUACCCACG